AUGCAUCUAGCACAGCUGCGGCAGCCUUUGACGAGGGCUGCUGCCAACAGCUGCCACUCCGUCUGCCGGUUACCCACCACCCACUCCUCCGUCUCCGCGGCCGCAAUCCUCUCCGAGCAGUUCGCCCACCUCCGCAUCGGCCCAACAAGUAGCAAUGUCGCCGUCGAGGGUCGCCGUUAUGCCAGUGUCAAGGCCCAGGGUGCCUACAGGCUCAAGCCCAAGAGGACCAUCCCCAAGAAGCUCGGCGCAAAGAAGACGGGUGACCAGUACGUGAUCCCCGGCAACAUCAUCUACAAGCAGCGCGGCACACUAUGGCACCCCGGCGAGAACACCAUCAUGGGCCGCGACCACACCAUCCACGCCGCCGUCGCCGGCUACGUCAAGUACUACCGUGACCCCCAGCUCCACCCGGACCGUCAGUACAUCGGCGUCGUCUUCAACCGCAACGACAAGCUCCCUUACCCCAAGGACGCCCCGCGCAAGCGCAAGCUCGGCCUCGUCGCCGUGCCGCGCAAGGUUGAAGAGGUUGAGAAGCCCACCAUGUCCGCCUCCGGCCUCCCCCUCUUUGUCACCCGCCACGAGGCCAUCGAGAUCCCCCCACCAGCAGUGACGACACCCGCUGCCGCCGGCAAGGCAGUCAAGGGCCAGGGCGCCCGCGUAUCAGCCUCCGGCGCCGCCGCCGUCCCUGCCUCCAACAGCACCAUCUCCGCCUCCGCCUCGUCGAACAGCAACAACGGCGGCUCCUCCGUCAUUGCCGAACUCAUCAAGGAAAAGCUCGCCGCCCGCGCCGAGUACAACGCCCGACAAUCGGCCCUGCGCAAGCUGCAGCAGCAAAAGAUGCUCGCGCGCCGCGGCACGCGCGUCCUGCGCCUGAUGAACAACUACAGCUACCGCGAGACCAACUGGGAGAUUGGUCGCUUGAUUGGCGACCCCGGUUCCGUGCCUGGUACCGAGAAGGUGGGCAGCAGAAAGGCCAAGUUCCGCGCGCGCAGGAGGAGAAGAAACACUUUCUUGCUUGGCAUCAAGGAGCGUAAGCUGGCCAAGGCGGAUAGACGCGAGGAAUACAGGAGACGUGUGCGCGAGAAGAGGGAGCAGAGGUUGGUGCAAAGGAAGGAGUUUUUGGCCAAGCAGAGGGAGGCCAAGAAGGCCAGGGAGGGUGGUGCCGCUGCUGAGAAGAGUGAGAAGAAGGAGGUGAAGGCUGAGAAGCCUGCUGCUGCUGCUGCUCCCAAGGUUGAGGCGAAGAAGGCUGAAAAGCCCAAGGCUCCUGAGGCCGCCAAGAAGGAGAGCAAGCCCAAGGUUGAGGAGAAGAAGGCUGCUGCUGCUGAGCCCAAGAAGGACUCCAAGACGGAGAAGAAGGACUAA